UAGGUUGCAACCUCAGGCAUUCAGGCGUCCACCCUAGACCCUAGUGUCGCUCUCUUCUCCGCUCCGCUUCUCCCCCCACAUCUUCCAUCGUCUCUUCGCGUUUCCCUCUUUACCCUUUCGCGUUUCCAUUUGCCUCCCCCUGGAUUCGAUCCCACCUGUCACCACUAAUAGUCUACUGUGGAUCCCGGUGAUCUACUUACUACCCCGGAAGUUGCUGGCUAGCCCCGACCGUCUUUGUGCGUUCCUGUGACUCACAUACCUAAAAUCUACCGAGCGGGGCCGCCAAAAUGCAGCCCUCCGAGCUAAGGAAAGAAGUUGGCCAGGUAAGAGAUAGUAACUCCCUCUUCAAAGCAGACCAGGGCAAGGAAGCCCUGGCGAAUAAAAAUCUGACAGGCUGAACCUACUUAGCUUUUUGCAGUUGGCUUUCAUGGCCUCACGCCGAGUCCGGAAAUUAAAACCUUGAUCCAUGAUCACGGACUUGGCGGGAUUGUUCUCUUCAAACGAAAUGUUCAAGAUGCCGCCCAAUUACAGGUAUGUCAGAACCCUCCCCGACAUGGACGAUGCGCAUCAGCUGAACUGGGCCACUGAUCUGUGCGACUAGGCUUUGACAUUGGCCCUCCAAGAGGAAGCGAAGGCUGCGGGACAUGAGCAUCCGCUGUUUAUUGGAAUCGACCAAGAGAAUGGACUGGUCACAAGGAUAUCACCGCCAAUUGCCCCUCAGCUUCCAGGCGCGAUGGCUCUAGGGGCUACAUAUGACCCCGAGCUCGCCUACAAAGUGGGAGCUGCCACUGGAGAAACGUUGAGACUGUUUGGGAUCAACAUGAACUAUGCGCCCGUCUGUGAUAUUAACUCGGAGCCCCUUAACCCCGUUAUUGGUGUACGUAGCUUUGGGGAUGAUCCCGGUUUCGUGGGGCGGUUUGCGGGAGCUACUGCCCGAGGCCUAAGGGAGCAGAAAGUUGUCCCUACCGUUAAGCAUUUCCCCGGUCAUGGGGAUACUGCGGUGGACUCCCAUUACGGACUUCCCGUGAUACAGAAGACGAGGGAUCAACUAGAACAAUGUGAAUUGAGACCCUUUCGUCGAGCAGUUGCCGAAGGCAUAGAGGCCGUGAUGACCGCACAUAUCUCUCUACCUGCUCUCGGGGAUUCUAACCUCCCCGCCACCCUUUCUGCCGAUGCCUUGAACAUCCUGCGUGAAGACAUGCAGUAUGACGGUAUGGUGGUCACGGACUGCCUGGAGAUGGACGGAAUCCGGGCCACCUACGGGACUGAGCAAGGCGCAGUCCUUGCUCUUGGGGCUGGCAGCGACAGCAUCAUGAUUUGCCAUACCUAUGACGUGCAGGUUGCGUCUAUCAAUCGAGUUAUAGAGGCUGUCGAGUCCGGGAAAAUUCCAAUGGCGCGCCUGAAGGAAGCCCAUCGCCGGGUCACCAAGGUGAAGCGGGAAUUCUUAAGCUGGGACGCAGCGUUGCAAUCUCGGGGCUUGGAUGGCCUUGUCUCCAUUAAUGACAAGGCCCUUAAACUGGCCACCGAUACAUACUCACAGUCUGCUACUAUUGUUCGCGAGAAGCCAGGUGUGUUUUACAAGCUCUUCGACGAAUCUUCUACCGUGGUCUUCCUUUUCCCCGGCGAGAAGACCCCGGCCGGUGGCGCAGUAGACGGGGAAGGACUGGGACGGAAAGGAUCCUACAACGCCACUGAGUAUCUUGAAAUACUCAAAAAACAAUCAGCGAAUGCUACAGAGAUUCGCUAUGGUGAACCAGGUCUUUCAUCGGAGGAGUGGAGUCUCGUCGAGGCCGCCGACGUCGUUGUAUUCACAUCCAUCAAUGCGCGAGAAUCGCAGUAUCAAAGAAACCUAGGCCUUGAACUGCCACAACGUGCUCGGAAUCUCGUUGCUAUUGCCGCUUGCAGCCCGUACGACUUCCUAGAUGACGUGAGCAUUGAAACGUACGUCACCACAUACGAACCAACGAUUGAAGCCUUUUCGGCAGCUGUUCAGCGCAUGAAAGGCGGACUGGGUGGUCGAAAAGGUCAAUUGCCAGUUGGAUCAUUAAAGCCAACACCACAAUGGAUUAAGGUAGAUGUCUACAGGGCGGCUAGGGACUUUUACCCUUUGCUGGCGCUUUGGGACAAGGCCCUGCCCACUUACCCGCUACUUGACAAAGAUCCGCUAUUGCUUCCUAAAAAUGCACACCAUUUUGUCGUUGGACAUGGAAAAAAUCUCAUUGGAUUCUGCCUUUUGUUCACCGAAGAACGACAGGACAUUACUUGCGGUCAUCUGGCGGCGUUGGCGGUUGAUCCGAGCAAGCAGGGGUUGGGCGUGGGAACCGCUCUGGUUGCAGCAUGCCGGUCGUGGCUCAAGAAAGAGUUCAAGAACGCUCGUUUGGAGCUGGGAAGCUCAUUUCCUCGAUUUUGGCCCGGAGUUCCGACUGAUCUGCCUCCCGAAGUGCUGCAAUUUUUUGUCCAUCGCGGCUUCCAGCUCAACCCCGUGUCGGCCCGGUCUGUUGACCUGUACCAGGACAUCCGCAAUUUCCAGGCCCCGGAAAAAUACGUCGCCAGAGCUCGGGACCGAGGAUAUACGUUUAGACCUCUCAAACCGGAAGAAUUUCUGAAGGGUUUGGUAGGACAGAAGAGAAACUUCUCUGACAACGAGGCCUGGGUUCAAAAAUUCAUGGACCUUGACCCAAGUGUGUACCCAUCCAGCAUUAUGACUGCGUGGGACAAUCGAGGCAACCAGGUGGGCUGGACGUUCAUGCUGGGGCCGGAAUGCGACAUUCUCCGGCAAAAUUGGGCUUUCCCUCCCAUGUGUGGCCCCAAAACGGGCCUGAUCGGCUGCGUAGGCGUGGACAAAGAUCAUCGCAAGGGUGGAGUCGGCCUCGCUCUAGUCAGCCAUGCUAUCGAAAACAUGAAGCAGAGAGGCAUUGAGGGGGUUUUCGUGGACUGGGUGGCUUUGGAUGGCUGGUAUGAACAACUUGGGUUCGAGGUGUGGCGCAGCUAUCGACCAGGACGGAUGCUCCUGUAGGUCGGAGUGGACUGUUCACUGAUCUAGUAGUUGAAUAUUAGUCGAGGCACCCUUAUCCAUCGUGGACGAAUGAAAACUGGCUGAUUUGUCUUAUUUCUUGGCCGAGGGUUCCGAGACGGUGUGGGGAACCUCGGUUAUACCUCUCGUAAUCUGUUUUCCGAGACGUCUCCCUUGCUCGAACGCAGCUGGCCAUUUACUCUUCAAGCCCACCG